GUCGUCACUGCCCUUUGGACAAUUUUGUAGAAUCUGUUCACGGGAGAGAUAUUAGUUCUUCUUCUAUUCUAUUUUUUUUUUCAUUUUCUUUACAUUCUCUUUGACGGGACUAGCUAGGGACCAACACCUCUGAGAGAAUCUUCUCUUAUCCUCCUCAGAUACCCCCACCAUCGCCUUCCAUUCACUGAGCUACCUUGACUCCUAACUACCCCAUGUAUAGAUAUCGGGGAAGUAGUUAAGUUGUCCUUUCUCGUACUCAAAAUGUCAUCUCGGGCGCUGCGAAAGCUGCAGAAGCAGAGUGAAUUAGUAAACCAAGAAGAGCAAGAUAGCUCGAGCGGUGAAGAAACCGAGGCCGUCGUUCCAAAACCAAAAGCCAAUGCAUUUGAUUUGUUGAAUGCCUUCGAUGAAGAUGAAAACGAGGAAGCUUCUGAUCCUGAGAUAGAAGCGGGUUCUGAACCUACACCCGCAGAUAUAUCUCCGGCAAAUAGUACGGAGGCAUCGAAAAAGAAAAGAAAGAAAAAGAAGAAGAAGAAGAACACACCGCAAAAGUCAUCUUCCAAACCGGAUACACAUGACAAUGAAGAGCUCGAUGAUAUUGAUCGGGCUUUGAAAGAGCUAUCAACAAAAAAUGAUACCAUCACCACACCGAAUAAACCUUCGGCGAGAGACGCACCGACUCCAAGUCAACGAUUCCCUAAGUCACCUGAGGAAGUCCUUACUAUUGAUCCGAAGUCGCUUAAUGCAAUAAAUGAGAUGCGAAAACUGUUUGGGAACGUUGUUCUUGAGUCAUUCGUGAAUGAUGAAACUUCUAGCUCUGGGCGUCGGCGUGAAAGACAACGAGAGACGAUAGAUUUGGGUCGCGCUUUAAGUGGUCGAUAUAGUCCUGCAAGUAGGGGACAAAGUCUUGCUGGUGUGACAUUAAGGAAGAACGUUCUCAUGCAAGGAAAAGAUGAAUGGCCGCGGGCAACAAGUGGUGGUUUAGGAAUGGAGCUUUCCCAGAAAUUACCCAACGACAAUACGUUGUAUAAACUCCUCCACAAUCAAUUAUACGAAAAUGUUCAAAUGCAAUUUGAUAUGUGUGUGGAGUCUAUGGAUCCUCAGAGACUCAUUCAUCUCCUACAAUACAAUCCAUAUCACAUAUCAACAUUACUUCAAGUAUCGGAAAUAGCCAAACACCAGAGUGACCAUGCUGUGUCGGCCGACCUCCUCGAACGAGCAUUGUUCAAUAUUGGACGCUCCGCCCACUCUUCGUUUGCGAGCCAAUUACAGCAAGGAAAGGCCAAUUUAGAUUUCAUGGUGACUGAAAAUCGAGAGUUAUGGCUUGUUGGUUGGAGAUACAUCUUAAACCUAGGAAUGAAAGGAACUUGGAGGACGGCUUAUGAAUGGGCGAAGCUACUUCUAAGUCUUGAUACUAAGGACCCUUACUGUAUGAGGUUGUUGAUUGACCAGCUUGCCCUCCGAGGCCGGCAAUACGAGCACUUCAUCUCACUUUGCACCGAGACGAUUUUUAGUGAAGAGUGGAAAGACUUUCCUAAUGUACAAUGCUCGCUAUCGUUAGCGUACUUGCGGCUGAAUAAACCGCAAGAUGCUCGGCAACAGCUUCGCCUAGCAAUGUCACGUUACCCGUGGGUUUUCAGCCGACUGGCCCAGGAAUUGGAUAUUCAGCCGAUUCCGAAGAGAAUCUGGGGUAAAAUCCCCCCAGCACAGUCUCACGAACUUCUUACCGAACUCUACAUUUCUCGUGCUAAGGAUCUUUGGAAUACGCCGGAAGUUGUUUCGCUUGUUGUCGAGAUUGCAGAUAUGUUGUCAGAAGAUGACGAGCGGGUUGAACCGCCGGAAAUAACUCUUGAUAUUGCUCGUCACGUCGUGCUCUCCGAUAUUCCAAAGGUCACAACCCAUCUACCAACACGAUUCACCUCUGGAAAGAUUUCGGCGUCCGACCCUCUUCCUCCAUAUGAUUCAGAAGCUUUCCGUCAACAGGCAGACCCAACACCUUCCUACCUGUCACGAGUACCCGAAAUAGCUCGUCCUCAAUGGUUGAGGGAUUUCUUAGGUAGAAUAAAUGAUGAUGGGGCUAAUAUGCUUGAAGAAGAUAUCAGCGACGAAGAAGUCAUUCCAGAACUAGCAUCCGGUGAAGAUGAUGUCAGCCCUUACCCCCCAUCUGGAGAAAACCAAGAAGAGCUCAGGGCGUGGCUACUUGAUACGGGCAUACCGCCUUUGCAAACGUUUCUGCGCCAAUAUGGGGUGGAUCGAGGUAACUGGUCUGGCGUCGUUGAAGACGACCCCUUAACAUCGUAUGUAGAAGGUCUGUUAGCCAUCAAUCCUCCCUCAGAUAGACAGGAACUGCUUCACGGGCCGAUCAGAAGCUUUUUGGGUGAUAUGGCGAUCGAAUUACUUCAGGCGGUUCUACUGGAUUACGAAGAAGACGCGCAUUUGAGGUGACUAGCUGAACACAUGUGACAAAACGGAAGAUAUUAUAGUAUCAACGAGUUAAAAACCAAACCCGAGCUACAUUUACAAUUAGUGUGUUUAAAUAUCUGGCAUCAUAAUGUUCCUUUUAUUUUCAUCAUCAUC